GGGAGGGGACACGGGGUGUGAGGAGCGUUUCUCCGCGGAUCCUGCACACCGGGAUCUUUCCUCGUGAAGGGGAACACGGGGGGUUUAUCACGGGGGUUCGGCUGCACGUGCGGAGGACCGUGUGGAUAUACAAGGGGGUGAAAACGCAAAGUCAUGAAGUGGAUAAUGGACAGCAGUUUCCCUGAUGAAUGAGAGCGCCCCCCCCGCCCUGUUGGACCGGUCCGGGCCGGCCCACUGCACCGUGUGCUGCUGCACGCUGGCCAACAAAGUCAUCCUGGUGCUCUUCAUGGGGCUGCUGGUCGUCGCCAUCUUAUUCGGGAACUUGGUGACUCUGGCUGUGGUUCUGGGGACUAAACACUUCCACACGCCGCAGGGGUACCUGAAGGCAUCGCUGGCUGUGGCCGAUCUGGCAGUGGGGGUCUUUGUGGUGCCGCUCUCCAUCUACGCCGAGGUCCACCUCAUGGUGACCGACUCUGCACUGGAGUGGACUUUGUACAACUCUAAGUACUUGAGUUUCCACCCGUGCAACAUCAUUGGGCCCAUCUUCGCCGGCUGCACCUUUGUUUCCAUCACAACCAUCUUCCUGCUGACGAUCGAGAGGAGCAUCGCCGUGUUGAAGCCGCUGCACAAAGACUCAGUGAUCACGAGGAAGAGGACCACCAUCCUCAUCGUCCUCUCCUGGGUCGGGAGCUUCCUGUUGGCGGUGUCUCCGAUGGUUUUCAGCAGCGAGAUUGCGCUGGAGUACAACUCCUGCAGCCGGAUGUGUAACUACGCGCAGAUGAACAUCCAGGCGUUCAACAUCCUCCUGCUCUUCCCGGCGUUUGACUUCACGCUCCUCGGAGCAACGAUGGUCAUCAACAUGAUCUCGAUGUCCAGCAUCCGGCAGCACUCGAGGCGCAGGAAACACCUGGCGGAGAGCGAGAGCCCAAGCACCAGCAAACCCACGUUCUCUGACAUCAAAGCGGCCAAAACCAUCGGCACGCUCACCGUGGCGUUUACCGCCUCGUUCACGCCAAUCGCUGUCUUCGUGGUGGGGAAUGUUUUGGGGAAUAAAUGGUGCAACUUUUCCUUUUUCGCCUUCUGGAUUUUGGCCACCAACAGUUGCUGGAAUGUCAUCAUUUACAGUGUGAGGGAUCAGAAGUUCAGACUUUGUGCGCACAAGCUCCUUAUGCCUUUCCAAAGAAAAAACACAUCUAAUGAGUAA